AUGGUCAUACAGCCUCCCUACAGAAACAUACACAGACGCUACGAGAAGGCAAUUCGCAUGAGAGAUCAGAUCGACUUCCUUACUCGAGCCAAAGACGACAAGGGCACUUCGAAGAAGAAGGAUGACGAAACACCAGUGCCUGAAUGUGUUCAGGGAGAGUCAAAAUCCGACGCUACCAAGUCUUCGCCUGAUGUCGAUACCGUAACCCUUAAAUGGCCUCUACCCCCGUCCACCCUACACGACGGUCUCUUGUUCAGGAAAGUUGGAUGA